AAUUAGGUUGGGAGGGAAUGCCCACUCGAUGCGGCUGCUGAUAAUAGCGCGUAUCAGCACCAGAGCAGUGACUGAGAGUGCAGAAAGAGAGAGGAGGAGAGGAGCAAGGAACAGCAUGCUCUGCCAGAGACUGGUUGAAUCAAAGCAGCGUGAUUGAUUCAGGCAAACGAGGAUAAAAAAAAUCAAUAAAAACAGCUAUAGAGUUUUGCGGAGCGCAGAAUUAUGUGAGGAGAACAGGGGUGGAAGUUAGAAGGCUGUGGGAACUUAUCAGCUCCUCAAGGAAAGGCAGAGCUGAGGUCAGCAGGCAGGAGCGUGGGAUCGAGCAGCAGCUGAACCAAGUCGGACAUUGCUUGGACUAGGACACUCUUAGAGGGGUAACAAGGGGCAUAGGGUGAAGAAAUACUGCUGAAACUUCAGUUACACUCAAUGCACACCUGCUCGUGGGAGUCAAACUUCUGGAUAUUACAGCAAGGCUACGGGGCAAGCUGCCACAUCCACUAGAGCGAUUUUGCAAAGCCACUGUCAGAUUGACUUAUUCCUGAUCUUUUGUGUGAAAGAGAAAGACUAGCACUUUUUGGAACACUAGCGCGCAAGUUCAAGGUUCUGUUCAAAGACUAUUCUGAGAGACAUGAUAGAGAAUGAAAUAAAGAAAGCGGCUUCCAUUCCAGAGCAUGGAGAAGUCAAGUAGUGAGGAAUCCGCCAUUCACCGUAGCCCCUCUGUGGACAGCCGGGACUCCGAUUUUGCCCAAGCCUCCACCUCCGGUCGGCCAUUCGGAGGACGUGGCUUUAACGCUGGUGCUUUUUACGGGUCCACUGGCCCACGUGCACAAACCUCUGCUCAGAGUGGGGCAGCCAGCGAUGACAAAGGCAACAAUAAGUACAAGUCUCCUAAAGGCAGCAAAUACGUGGUCUUUUAUCUGGAUCUAUCCUUUGUGUUCCUUCUAGAGUUCAAGAAGUGCAACAUGGCUAGAGGCUGUCUUUGCUGUCUGAAAUACAUGAUGUUCGUCUUCAACCUCAUCUUCUGGUUGUGUGGCUGUGGGCUGCUGGGAGUCGGAAUCUGGCUGUCUGUGUCUCAAGGCAGCUUCGCCACCUUCUCCCCCUCCUUCCCCUCUCUCUCUGCUGCCAACAUGGUCAUCGCCAUAGGCGCCAUCGUCAUGGUGACAGGCUUCCUCGGUUGCCUGGGCGCCAUCAAGGAAAACAAGUGCCUGCUUCUGAGCUUCUUCAUUGUCUUGUUGAUUAUUCUGCUGGCUGAGCUGAUUUUGCUCAUUCUUUUCUUCGUCUACUCUGAUAAGGUCAGUGAGAAUGCAAAGCAGGACCUGAAAGAUGGUCUUGCUCUCUACAAUGCAGACAACAACAUUGGACUGAGAAAUGCCUGGAAUAUCAUCCAAGCCGAGUGGAAGUGUUGUGGCGUGACGGGUUACACAGAUUGGCACGAGGCUCUGAAAGAAAAGGUGGUGCCCGACCGCUGCUGUCAAGAGCAUUAUCAGGAGUGUGGCCGCAACUCCACCAACAUGUUCUGGACACGGGGAUGUUACGAGAAGGUUGAAGAGUGGCUUGAUGAUAAUAAGCACCUACUCGGAACCAUCGGCAUGUGUAUCUUGGUAGUUCAGCUCCUAGGAAUGGCCUUUUCCAUGACACUGUUCCAUCAGAUCCACAGAAGCGGGAAGAAGUAUGAUGCUUAACAAGUCCGUUUCUCAAGGGAGGAGCCCUGGUGCAUUAUGGGACAGACUUUGGGGGAGAGCUCCUCCACUUGUAUCUAACUUCCCCUACUGGCCAACCCUCUUCCCAUUAAUUCCCCAGCUUAUACCUUACCAUCCUGUAUAGACUUCAGUCACGGCCUUUCUCUUUUCCCCCAUCUGCUCAUCUGCCAAAGAGACCCGGGGACAGCGAGGAACGAGAGGACCGAUUCUUGGCCAGCAUCCUCCCCAUAAGGCCUCUGACUUGCUUCAUCUCCUCUAGAACCUUUAUUUUAUGCUUGAACUAACUAACGUUUGCGGGAAGGAGAAUAAUGACAACAAACUGUGUGGCUUUACUAAUAUGUAAAUCCUUUCACCCGACAUACAGAAAGACGAGAAGACAUCAGACUGAAAACCUUCAGGGUGGGAUGAAUUUGAAAAGCAUCACCUCCAUCUACAGUGUAAAUGACAAACAGUUUCAUUUUAGCAUGAUGCGGUUUUGUACAAGACAGAAAACUCAUUUUGGCUCAAGACUUCUUUGUUUGUUUUUAUAUGUGACUUUGCCCCAACCCCAUUAUUGUCAUUUUUUUGCACCUAAGAAUUGGAAGAAGCCUGUACAAAGAGUUAAGCAGGAAUUUGAGUAUGUCUGAGUGUGUUGGUAAUCAAGCCUUUUCUUAUGUUUAAAGGUUUGUGGUUUGUGGACGCAUCAAAAUGUGCUGAAAGUUUCACUCUAAUGAGAACCAUCACAAUCUAAUGUCAGUAUAAUUCAUCAAACAGGGACUGUUUUAUCUUAUACAGAUGGUCUAAUUAGCCAGCCGUGCACAUACAUGCAAAAACAUCCUCUUUGUUAACCACUAAAAGGUCAUUUUAACCAAACUGCUACUGAAAGUUGUUUUAGAAGUAGAAGGAAGGUUACAAAAGUAAGUAAACCAGGCAUGUAUAAGAGGCAGAGGUUUGUGAGUUUGACAAUUUCCUCACGUUCUGUUCAUUUAUUUCAAGUCUGUACCCUAAAAAACAUCAAGACAAAGCCUAAUGAUACAGAUUCCACCUAGUUCAUGUUUGCACAUCUCCCCAUGACAGUGGAAAAUCAAUGCACUCCGCAAAUCAAAUCAAAUCUGUAGCACUUUCUUCCAUGGAACAUAAAAUGAAAUAGUUUGAAGAAUGUUGCUCUUUGCUGUACAACAAAAGCAGACCUGAUGCUUUCAAACUUUUAAAGGAUGGAAAAAAUAAAUAAAUAAGACAUAUGAUUUAGAUUGGUGCUCUACAUUAUAUUUCAAGUUUUCUGUAGUUUUCUUCAUUUCAAAACGUCCUUGCUUGCUUCACAACAGGAAACCCUCCACCAGCUCUCAUUUGUGCAUAUGCAUAUUCAAACUUGGUGACUAAAUCAGUAUUUCAUUAGGUUUUAUGUUACUUUUUUAGUAUCUUUUAAUAUGUAAACGUUCUGAGCUGCAAGAAGGUCAUUAAUAGAACUUUGUGAU